GCCGAAGAGACGACAUCCUUUUCACAAUGGCAGACGAAGCUGCGCCUUCAACCUCCCAACUAGCUUCGCAAAUCUGCAACCACAUAGCCUCCGUCUUCUCCAACCCCACCGGAGCCCACCCACCGCCGCUGGACGAGCUGGUCUCCGCCGUCGCAGCCGCAGCAGCCCGGCGGGGCAAGGUCUUCCUCUACGGAGUCGGGAGAGAGGGUCUGAUGCUGAAAGCUUUAUGCAUGCGGCUCGCUCACCUGGGUCUCGCCACCCACGUCGUCUUCGACAUGACAGCCCCGCCCAUCGCCGCCGGCGACCUCCUCAUCGCCUCCGCCGGGCCGGGAGGGUUCUCCACGGUGGACGCUCUGUGCUCCGUCGCGCGAUCUUGCGGCGGAGAGGUGCUGCUCCUUACGGCCCAGCCCGAAACGGGAUCCUGUAUCAAGCACGCCGAUAAGGUUUGCUAUGUCCCGGCGCAGACCAUGGCCGACGAUAAGGAAAACGACGAUGGCGGUAAUGAGGAGGAGAAAUCGAGCGGCCGCCGGCCGCUGCUGCUGAUGGGGAGCGUGUAUGAAGGGGCGCUGUUCGUGUUGUUUGAGAUGGCCGUUUAUAAAUUAGGGGAGGUGUUAGGGCAGACCGCCGAGGAGAUUCGUGCCCGUCACACCAAUCUCGAGUGAAGGAAAGUAACCACCGGCGUCCGGCAGGUCGGACGGCGGGGCAGGGUGAAUAAGGAAAAGGGCUUGUAUGGUUGGUGUUUACUGUGGGCUGGGAAUGGGCUGGUGUAGGAGGCCCAUUCUCGGACUUUAGGCCAAUAGGGUCUGUUGACAAAAAGUGUUUUGUGUUGUACGGUACAUGAUCUGUAUUCCCAUCAAUGUUUGAGAAAUCCUAUCCUACUACCUCCUAUCGGAUUGGGAAUAUUGAGUACCAAAUUCUAAAUCGGCAUGUAUGUUUAGCGAUAUGAAACUAUUUAAUCAUGAUUUUGGUACAAAAAAUUUUGUUACCGACUUUUUUAAUAUAAUUCCCGUUAUAUUUACAAAUAGUUGACUAUCAUCAACCGACAACAUUUUCCAAGAAUUUUGCACUUCUCACACAAAUAUAUCCCCUAAUUUAUUUUUACAUCUUUGAGCUCCUUAAACAUAAGUUCCAACUAUGUCUUUCAUUAAGACUCCUCAUGGCAAUGGCAUAGUAAGAGGUUUUAGACUUUUAGUCUUUUAGCGCUCGUUUGCUUGUUGGAUUUGAAAAUGAAGGGUUUUUUUUGCUUUGAAAACCUUUGGAUUUAUGAUAGAUUUGUUGCAUUUUGCAUUUGAAAUAUAACAUUAUUUGUUUAGUUGAAUUUUUAUGAUGGAUUUAGCACACUUGGUAUCUGGGUCUAAAAAAUAUGCCUUCUAUAAUGUGGUGUUUGCAAAUACCAAAUGAAAUGUGGCAUUUGCAAAUACGUAGGGUCCACGGAUUUGAAGCUAAAAAAAUUAUCCAAAUCCGUGGAUCCCACGGAAUUACAUACCUUAACAAACAUUGACAUUGGAUAAAAAACAUGAUGAUUGGUAUUUGGAGAUCAAAUACAACAUUCAAAUCUCAUUAAAAAAACACCUCAGUCGUAGAGUUAUUUUGUUAAUUUGGUGGGAAGAGGACAAAUGAAGGGGAGGUUCGGAUAAGGAGGGAUAUGGAUUAUGGAGGGGUCCAAUUUGUGCUACAAACUUGCUAAGAGGAUAUAGCUUUUUUAAUUGAGCUUUUUUCUGCAAGAUGAUAAACCAGCUUAAAUCACUUAUUACUUAUUAGGUAGGGCUACAGAGUACUUUAGUGAUGAGUCUCACCUAAGAAAGUUGGAGUGAACUUACUACAAGCUUGUUUGUACACAACUUUUGGGUGUUCAUAGUGGUGCAAAUGUGUCAAACUGCUCAUGAAUGACUCGGUGUUUGGUUCGAAAAAAUCUCAUUUGACACUCAGCUUGUUUACUAACGAGUCGUGUUUGAACUAAACUUUGUUCAGCUUGCAAAGCUCGCGAGCCGACUCGACUGUGCUUUAAAAAAGGCUUGAUGAGUUUCUUUUUACUCACUUUUCUUAAUGUUUCGUACAGAAUUGACAUUUAAUUCGUUACAACAUAGAUACUACUCUGAAUCCUGAGUUUCGCUCUUUGAAGUUAGAGGUUUCUGGCAGUAAGAACUUAUCGAAGAAAGACUUUGAUUACUU